AUGGCUCGGGGGCAGCGGGCGGCGGGACUCGCCCUGGGCUGGGGCUGCUGCCUCCUGCUCUGCUGCGCUGCAGCCAGCAAGGUGGAGGUCUCCAUGCCAGCAGUGGUGGAAGUGGAGAGAGGAGGCACGGCCAGAAUUGAGUGCAACUUCCACAUCCCUGAGAAUGGUUCCUUUGCCUACCUCAACUGGUUCUAUAUCGACCGUGCCAACCGGGUGAGGCUGUACCACAUCACGAGCAGGGAGACCCUGGAAGAGGAGACAAGCUACAAAGGGCGACUGUCACUGGGGGAGGACAAGGCCCUCUCCAUCAGCAGGGUGACACUGCAGGACUCCAAGAUCUUUGUGUGCCAGGUUGGGGCAGGCAGCUAUGGCGUGGAUGAGAAGCACACCGAGCUCCUCAUCUACAAGGUCCCUGAGGCCCCUGAGAUCACGGCCAGCUCAGGAGGCAUCUCUGUGCAGAACAGUGACACCUCAGAGAUCGCCCAGUGUGUGAGCAGGAACAGCUUCCCACCUCCCAACAUCACGUGGCACAAGAACGGGGAGCAGCUGGAGGAGACGGAGGUGAAGCUGACGUUCACACGGACGCGGGAGGCCAGCGGGCUCUACACCGUCACCAGCAGCCUCUUCGCCCGUGUGCGGCGCCAGGACCGCCACUCGCGCUACCACUGCGCCGUGCACUACCGCCUGCGGGGCCAGGCACACACCCUGGAGUCACGACGGGUCAACGUCACCGUCUUCUACCCGGCGGAGCACGUCAAGCUGCAGGUGAUGCCAUCUUCCACGCUGGUGAAGGAAGGGGAUGAUGUGCAGCUGGUCUGUGAGGCUGAUGGCAACCCAGCACCCGUUUUCAGCUUCUAUAAGAGAGAGCUGGAGGACUGGCAGGAUCUUUCAACGCUGGCAGAGAGUGGGGUGCUGAACCUGCAUGAUGUCAAUAAGAGCAGCAGUGGCCUGUACAGAUGCCAGACUCUGGACUUGGAUGAUCUGCGACAGCUAGAGGAGGAUGUGGAGCUUGUUGUGAACUACAUUGAAGGGGUCCAUGUGAACAUGGAGCCGUCCUCAACCCUUCAUGAAGGGGAUAGUGUGAGGCUGAGCUGCGAUGCCCACAGCCCUGUGGACCUGGACUACCACUGGAGGGAUGAGAAGGGCAAGAAGGUAGCAGAGGGCAACCAACUCUUCCUGAGCAACCUGACCUUCGAAACCUCCAGCAACUUCAGCUGCAAGGUGGUGGCACCAAGCGUGCCAGGGCUGGAGCGGAGCAAGCAGGUGGCUGUGGCCGUUCAGGGGAAGCCGAGGAUCGUGGCCAUCAGCUCCCCGCUCUACGUGCAGCAGGACGAGGUGGUGAACCUGACCUGCAAGGCCAUUGCUUAUCCUAAGCCCUCUCUCCACUGGAGCGUCAACGGGACGGCUCAUGAGUACUCUGACAACCAGCACAUCGCCAGCAACCUGACUGUGCGUGUGAGCCACGACCUGCUGCGGGCAGGAGCCAGGUGCAGGGUCUCCAACGCCUUGGGUGUCACUGAACAGCACAUCCAGCUGCUGGAUCAAAAGACAGCAGAGAGCAAGGGGGUGAUCAUUGUGGCCAUCAUCGUCUCCAUCCUCGUGCUGGCUGUGCUGGGCUCUGUCAUCUACUUCCUGCACAAGAAAGGGAAGAUCCCCUGUGGCCGAGCUGGGAAACAGGACAUCACAAAGCCAGAGGCACGUAAAGACAAGAUUUUAGUUGACGUUAAGUCAGAUAAGCUUUCCGAAGAGGCUGGGCUCCUGCAGGGUGCCAACGGUGAGAAGAGACCUGCCGCUGACCAGAGCGAGAAAUACAUCGAUCUGAGGAACUAGAGAGGGAACCUCCUAAGUGCUUUCUUCCUUCAAACCUUUCCUGCUCUUGGAUUGCCUUGUCCCAUCCCUGCUCCAGAACCUGGGGGGGCACGGCCAGAGACAAUUACUGCAUCACAGUGCUGAGCCCCAGUGUGCAAGGGACACCCCUCACUCACCUGUCCGUUACCUCAACCGUGGGCUUGCAAGUUGUCAACUUAGCAGCAGCAAAGCUGAACUUGCUCCCUGCAGCAGAGAAGCCAACAGCAAUAUUGGAAAGAAAUAGUCCAUUAAGUUACCUGGUGGAAGGAUUUGAGGUUUUUUUUCAGGAAGUUUGGUUCUGUAUGUUGUGUGUGGGAAGGUUUUGAUGUGUUGGGUUUUUCUUUUUUGUACCCCAAAAUGUGCUUGGAAAAGCUGAAGUUUUGCUUGUGGGAUGUCUGAGGCAUCUUAGAUGUUAGCAGUGUUGCAGGUUAGAGGAGUGAAAGAUGGCAGUGGUGUGUUACAGCAGUGUUUGCCAGCUGCUGUGGAGGUGCUGGUACUUUGCUUUUCCUUUGUGGAAUUGUUCUUGGCUCCUUGGUUUAGCCCAGUGUGUCCUGGCUGUGCUGUGUGGGCAGGGAGCUCUCUUGUGGGUGGCUGUGACUGUUCAUAGAUUCAUGGAAUGGGUUGGAAGGAACCUUAAUGACCAUCCACUUCCAACCCCCUGCCAUGGGCAGGGACAACUUCCACCAGCCCAGGUUGCUCAAGGCCUCAUCCAGCCUGAUCUUGAACACCUCCAGGGAGGGGGCAGUCACAACCUCUCUGGGCAACCUGUUCCAGUGUCUCCCCACCCUCACUGGAAAGGAAGUUUCUGGGAAGUGAGUGGCUGGCAGAGCAAGGCCAGGGCUGCCCCUCUCAGGCAGAUGCCAGCCCAAGGGCUUAGGAUCUCUGGUUUGUAGCACAGCUUUGCUGGCAUGAGGAGAGGACUUCCUUCUCUCCACUUCCCAGGGACCCAGGUUCCUUUCAGGGGGGCUGCUGGUGACAGUGGGUCACAGACCCUCCCCAGCCUUCUCACCCCUCAAAUUUGAAACAAAGGAAUGUUAGGCCAGAGUCAGUUGGUGGUGUCUCGGGGUAUUUUGGUUUGGUUUUAUGUGCUGAACAAUUCCCAGCCCCAGGUAAAAGUGGUUUAUUUCUGUGCUUUGGUAGCACCACUGGCCCCACAGCCAGGCUGGUGUUAGAGGAGCUGAGCGGUGGAGGGGGGAGAUGGGCAAGCAGCCUGCCUUUAGCUUCAGCUGCCAUGGGCUGUGCCAGCCCUCUGCCUGCAAGCAGGGCUCUCUCUCCUGCCUCCUCCUAGAGAGACCAGCCCCCUGCAGCCCCUCCUGCCUCUCAGUCACCUACUCAGUGCUAUGCUUUCCACAAGCCUGUUUCCUCCCAGCCCCUUGGCAGGGGGCUGAGGCCAACCCUGAGGGACAGGAGAGAUGUCCCCUGGUGUGCCCCCAGCAUCCUCUGCUGGGAGCAGGGGGCUGAGCAGCAGCUGGUGGCCAGCAGCCCACCAAGCAGUGAGCUAUACUCAUGAGCUAUGUGUUGUUGAAGCAAGAGCUUUGGUUUAUAUAUAUUUUUGUUGAAUUGUGUGUAAAUUUCCAGAAGUUUUUGUCUGAUACUUGCAGGUUUUUUUUUAUAUAUGUGAAAAUAAAG